AAUCGAUUGAGGAGGUUAAACCUACAUUUCCAAAUUCAACAAGCACAGCACAACAAGCAUUCCCGUCUUCUCAUGACACGACCGUCUUUCUCUAGACUCGCUCUCUCGAACCGCGCGCGAUAGCUUUGUCUCACGGCUCGCAUUACUUGUGUCAAUCCGAGCCUUGGACGGACUAUGAUCUUCCCUUGACGGCGCGCAGAGGACCUGGGCGACUGUAGUGCCAUCCAACUCAUAUAUCUGGUAGUUAUUCACCCCACCAAGAGCCUCCGUCAUGUCUUCCAUGUAUACUAUAUCCCCCGCGUCGCUUCACGACCUAAGUGAUCAUUCUGGCAACUACAUCCAACCACCUCGCCAUCUCGACGGCCAAUCUAAGCUCCCGCACAACGGUCCCAACACCCCGGAGUCUAACUUGUUGUCGCCUUACUCUUCACAUGCUCGCAGCAACUCAGCCUCGCCGACGCUAAACUCAAGCACCCCGGCCGAUACUCUGUCGACUGCCGAAUGUUAUCAAUCUAGCGACAUCUUUCCUAAUAGCGAGUACGCCGAGGACCCAUUCCUUGGCGCAAACUUUGACGACGUCCCUGAAGAUUGGUUCGUUGCCAUUCAGGCACCAGAGAAUGGUAGCCGACAAACAGUCUACCCUAUAAGCCCUCAUCCCACGCCAUCUAUCCCAACUCAUCAAACUUUCCAGCAACCCAAAGAGCCCACUGUUAUUAGACAAGACUCGGACUUGAGCAAGGAUUACUCCGUGAACCAGGAAACCUCAAUUGACUCAAUUGAGUCCAGUCAAUCAGAUCCUCAACUAACACCGGAUACAAACCGGGGUAGCUGGUCGAGCAACGAGAGUCCCUCACAGGUCGCCUUGGCAAUGGCGACUCAGAGCCCUCGAGUAACAGUCUCGAUAUGGGGUAAAGAAGAUGAUACCCCCAUCCAAGGCGUAGAGAGGUCAUUCACCGCUGGUGGGGAGAGUCCUCGCACGGUGCGGCCUUCUCAUAGUAUUGCCGGCGACUUAGCUUAUGAUCAGCCUUGGGAAAAUUUAGGUCAUGUAUCUCGUGGUAUCCAUGGCGAUUGGAAGCCGAAUGUAGGCACCGGACAUCGUGGCCUUGCUCCUGGAGAACGACCAUCAGAAGAAGUGCCUAGCCCUAACCAGCAAGCGGCACGGCGCGAACGAGAUGAGAAAAAUCGGGAGGUUGAUGCCUGGAUAUCCCAAUCGACUGGAAACCUGGGUGAAGACCCAAAAUUCGCAUCUGCCCAUGGCGAUGAUAAUGACAAUAUUCCAACCAGUGAGAUCCCACUCGGGGACACAACAGAAAAUAAACAUAUCGAAGGACAGACUUACUUCAUUGUCGACGGCCCAGGUGGGCCUAUCAAUGAAACAGACUUUGACCUCAUGCGACAUCUGCGUACUUGGGGUGAUGCGCCAGCUAUUCAUGCCAUUCAAUCUGAUGAGCGUAAGCGCUAUCAACCAGAAACCUCACAAGCUGCCAUUGACAGGUUUUAUCGCCAAUGCCAAGAUAACGCUUCUAUAGUUUCCAAGGCGGCAACGUGGGGAACGCGGCGACGGAGCUUGCCUAGCGUGAUGGAUGUGGAAGGCAUAACCUCUGGGAAUUUUCUCAAGAAGCUCUCUAUCAGCGGCCACUCGCGUAGGCCGAGCAUCCUCCAAAGAGUUACUAGCAUGAGCCGAAAAGCGAGUGUUGGUGGGAUCCGUAAGCGCAAAGGGAGUAGCGCGAGUGACCUGCCACCGGAAGAGUUUGGCGAUCCAGCCGAUCGACGAGAAUCUAAAGAUACCCUUGCACCACCAUCUCGGACAUCGAGUUGGGGCCUUGGAGGCAUCAAUAAGAAGCCCACUCCCAGUAUAAACACCGCCCUGAUGGGGAUGGCUACGAGCGUGGCUGUGAUUGGUACCCAGCAUGCACGCAGCGGCUCAAUCAGUGCAACGCCUAUCGCUUCGCCGAAGAGUCCAUUUGGGUCUCUGAGUGUGCCCGCUUUAAGGAGACCGCGAAGCAAGACAGAGCUUCCUAAGACUUCUAGCGCUGAGCUCUCGCAUCCUAACCUAGUAGGGAUGCUGAGGAAACAAGGUGGCCCGCCGGUAGCACAGCUGGCUCGAGGACAACCUCAGGUAGAUCCGGAGGAAGACGAGGAUGAUGAUGACGAUGGCAUGGAUGAAAUCGAUUUGAAGGUUCCACACAGGACGACGAAGACGAUUGAACCGACACUCAAUGGUUUUAGAGCCCAUAUUUUGGAUAUCAACCCUAGCCUUGCAACUACUGCUGGCAUCGACAACCCCAAUGGUUUUCUAGUGGAGCGCAUUGCAUUUCAAAUGAACACUCGGUAUAAACAGCUUUUAACAGCAAAGCAAAAACAUAUGAACCAAGUAAAUCAACAAGAUUGCCCUUCUGGGACUUUCUGUCGGUCCCUUGGCGGUACCAUAAAGUAUUGGGAUGGUCGUGGUGGUGAUCGUGGGAUCGAUCCAAUAUCGGCCAGAGGCAUAUCGUCGGACGAAGAAGCAACACCGCUUGAAGGAGGUAUCAACGCAGAGAGUUUCCCACAGGGAAUCACCCCACCCCCAGCGACAUCCCUUCCAGCCGAAUUCGAAUGUCCACUAUGCUUCACCAAGAGAAAAUUCCAGAAACCUUCUGAUUGGACGAAGCAUGUGCACGAAGAUGUACAACCGUUUACCUGCACCUGGGAUAGAUGUCGUGAUCCGAAGAUGUUCAAACGAAAGGCCGAUUGGGUCCGCCACGAGAACGAAGGCCACCGCCAUCUGGAGUGGUGGACGUGUGACGUCGACGACUGUCGUCAUAUUUGCUACAGAAGGGACAAUUUCUUACAGCAUCUAGUUCGCGAGCACAAGUUUACUGAGCCCAAGGUCAAGACUAAAGCCGCUAUAAAGAAAGCCGGCGGAGCUGACCAUACAUGGCAAAAAGUUGAGCAGUGCCAUGAGGAGACGACUAAAAAGCCAACUGAAGAACCGUGCCGAUUCUGUGGGAAAACUUUCCCUACUUGGAAGAAACUAACAGUUCAUCUUGCCAAACACAUGGAACAUAUUAGCCUUCCCGUAGUUGAGCUUGUUAUGAAGAAGGAACUUGAACCCGACACCAUCAUCAGUCCCAUCCAGGAUCCACCACCACGUCACUUUGGCAUUCCUCCGCCCUCAACACCUUCGAUCAAACCUGACCCUCACAGCAUCAGCCCGCAAAUCCCCCAGACAAAUGCGAAUAUGGUCACCUAUAGCACCGCGAACACAAUAGGGUUUACGCCCAUACCCCGGCCACCCAUGGGUAACACAUACUAUCCCCAACAGCAGGCAGCGCAGCCAUACCAUGAUUUACCCCCUCAAGCGAGUCCUAUGAUGAUGCAACCGCAGUAUAGCGCCCAGCCCCAAUAUCAUGGACUACCAGUAACUACGACGUUUGCACAACCCGGCAGUACCUACGCUAUGAACAUGGCGGCUCCUGAGACAGAACCAUUUCCAGCUUUUGAAGGUCUUGGUAUUCAAGACCCAACAGGAGCCAUGGCUUAUCAAAACUUGGGGAACCCUGUUCUCCAUGGCGUAGAGCAAUACGGUAGCAAUCAUGGAUCAGUCUCACCUUACUCUCAUUCUCCCCACCCAGGCCAUAACGGCCAAUUCUACAACAGUUAGGCGCGACAAAUUCAAUUUUACCGUCUGGCAUUGCUUAUAUAUACGGAAGUUACGCCAGCACCCCUAACGCGUAUACAUGUGAGAUCUCCAUGGUAGCCGUGACAGUUAAGGCUAGUGAGACUCUGCACUUCAAGCAGCUAUACACGUAUGUAGC